GAGGCAGUUUCAGGGAGCGAGCUCUGCUCUCGGGUUUGAAGAGAGAGAGAGAGAGGCUUCCUGCGCCGGGUGGUCUUGUUUUUAAAAAGACAAAAUGCCCCCGACUCUCUUCCAGAAACUUUUCAACAAGAGGAACGCGUUUUCGUCGCCGCCGCCGCGAUGCAGCAGAGAGGACCCCGCGUUCAGCUGGCCACUUCCCCAGCUGGAGCCCAGUCAGAUCAGGUUAAUAGUGUACCAGGACUGUGAGAGGCGUGGCAGAAAUGUCAUCUUCGACUCCAACGCCAAAAAGAAGAGCACGGAGGAAACUCCCAUCACCACCACUGAGGCCCAGGUCAAGAUGUUCGGGAAAUGCUGCCAGCUCCGACCCACAGGUGGCAGCAGCAGUUCCUUGGACAGCUCCUCCUCGUGCACCUCUGAAACAAAAGACACCAAAGAGCACGGUCUCCGCUUCCAGGGUUCGAGGUGUUCGUCCGAUGUGGUGAUGUUGGGGGAAAUGAUGUUCGGCUCUGUUGCCAUGAGUUACAAAGGCUCCACACUAAAAAUCCACCAGAUCAGAUCACCACCUCAGCUGAUGCUGAGUAAGGUCUUCACCGCCAGGACUGGAGGCAGUGUGUACGGCAGCCUCAACACGUUACAGGACAGCCUGGAAUUCAUUGGACAGGAUGGCAACACCUUAAGGCCUGAUCAAAACACGGGGCCCAACAGUCUAUUAGGAAACAUAGGACUUUCGCAGCUCUGCAGCCCUCGCCGGGCCUUCUCUGAACAGGGCCCUCUGCGCCUCAUCAAGAGCGCGUCUUUCUUUUCAGGCCACAGUCACCCCAUGGACAUGCCUGGCCGAGGGCUGUACGACGAGAGGGACAGCGGCAUCGCCCGGUCAGCUUCUCUCAGCAGCCUGUUGAUCACCCCCUUCCCGUCUCCUGGCUCCUCUCUGACCAGCAGCUGUGCUUCCAGCUACCAGCGCCGAUGGCUCCGCAGCCAAACCACCAGUCUGGAGAACGGUGUUUUUCCCCGAUGGUCGGUGGAGGAGAGCUUCAACAUGUCUGAUGAAAGCGGGGGGCCGAGCCUCGGCGUAGCCAGGAAGAAGAAGAUCGCCAUCGGAGUCAUCUUUACGCUGUCCCCCAAUACCGAGGAGAACAACCGCUUCCAGGAUUUCUUUUUCUCCCACUUCCCUCUGUUUGAAAGCCACAUGAACAAACUGAAGAGCGCAAUUGAACAGGCUAUGAAGAUGAGUCGCCGGUCAGCUGAUGCCAGUCAGAGGGCCCUGGCUUACAGCCGAAUGAUGGAGGGACUCAACGAGUUCAGGAUGACCAUCUGCGACCUUUACACCAUGCCUCGGGUGGCUGAGCCUGUCUGGUUGACCAUGAUGUCUGGGGCUUCGGAGAAGAACCAGCUCUGCAGUCAGUUCAUGAGGGAGCUCUCCCUGCUGAUGGAGCAGGCCUCCAAGAACCAAUUCCUCCCCGCCUUAUUGACGUCCAUCCUGACUAAUCAUCUGGCCUGGGUCCCCACCGUCAUGCCCAAUGGGCAGCCUCCAAUCAAGAUCUUCCUCGAGAAACACUCCUCCCAGAGCGUGGACAUGCUCGGAAAGACACACCCCUACAACCCACUCUGGGCACAGCUAGGGGACCUGUACGGGGCCAUUGGGUCACCAGUGCGCCUGUCAAGGACGGUGGUGGUUGGCCGACGACAGGAUCUGGUCCAGAGACUCCUCUAUGUCCUCACAUACUUCAUCCGCUGCUCUGAGCUGAUGGAGACGCACAUGCUGGACAGUGCUGAGGAUGAGGCCAUCGUCAUGCCCGGUUCCCUGAUCACCACCUCCCUUAGGAAAGGAGAGGUGGAGGAGUCGGACUAUGUUCUUGUUACUGUCCAUAAACCCAGCGGGGACUACUUGUCCCAAGGGGCCCAUGGCAAUCAGAGUGAGACCGAGGACAGUAGCUACCCCUCAGACAACAGCCUCCAGAGCAGCACAUACACAGACACUGAUGUGGGGCAAGGUACAGAGGAUGCACCCAAGGAGGAUGACGAGGAUGAGGAAGAGGAGGAGGACAGCAGUGAGAGUCAAGGCUCCAGGAGCAGUGUGCUUCAGACGGGACACAGUCAGGACACGAUCCCUGUUAUCAGGACUACAGAGGCAGCUGAGCCUGGGGAGCUGCACAGGGAGUCUAGCAGCCCGCUGGGCACGGAGGCCCGACUGGAGACGGUGCUGUGCGUUGGCGCCGCCUCACCCAGGGAGCAGGUCUGUGUGCUGGAAACAGAGACCAAUGGCGAACUGAAACUUACUGUCCCCUCCAUACCCUCAACCCGUGCAUCAUGUCCGUCUCCAACUACCUUCACAGAGUGUAAGAACUCUGGGACAGGGGCUGGGAUGGAUGCAGUCACAGGGGACCCUGUCACCAAAGUGCUGACUCCUCGGCCUUUGGGAAUCCCAUUAGAAAAGAAGCCCCCGGAUAAGAACGUCUCUCCCACGGUGCCAGUACCAGUGAUACCCGGAAAAACCAAGACAAGGCCAAUGGCUCUGACUCUAACAGAAGAGGAGCCAGUGACGAAAGUCACUUUCCUCAUCGGUGACUCCAUGUCCCCUGAGUCGGACACAGAGAGCCGCAGAAGGAAGGUGGAGGACGAGUUUAAAAAGCACAAGAAACACCUCAAGGACAAACAGCUGCAGCAGCUGAUGCAUCAACAACUACAGCAUCAUCAUCAUCUUCAUCAAGCGCAACAUUAUCAACAGCUGCAGCUGCAGAGAGUUACAGAUUCAAAGACCAGCAGCACCAGUGCAUCAGAGGACCAAACCAAACAGACCAAGGCAGCUCCUGCUCUGCAGCGGGUGUCUAGUAAGAUGCCCCAGUGGAGCUCAGCAUGUAUGGAGGAUUCUGAUGAGUAUUCGGACAACCCUGUGGAGACGAGGACAACAGACGAUGUGUCUAAACGACAGCAGGCCAGCACCACGGACAGCAUGCACAAAGACCUGCUGGACCCCUCGGGAGUCCGUCCGCCUGGUGACUUAGGAGUUCAGACUUUUCAGGGUGGAGCAGGAACUCAGGAUUUGGGUCUCUGUUUAGUUUCGGACGGGGAAGAGGUGGGGUCCAGCAGGAAAGGAGACACUUUGUUGGGUGUCCAGAGGAGGUGCAGAUGUGGUUCCACAGAAUCCACCGACAACUGCUGCUGUAGGGGCUGUUCUGCUGAGCAGGACAGGGGUCUCGUGUUGUCAGUCCCUCUCCCGCAGGAUAGAAACAGCAACAGCAAAGAGGACCAAAAACACAAGGUGGUCCCUGUCAACGACUGGGAGAUACCACGCAACGAGAGCUCAGACAGCGCGCUGGGGGACAGUGAGAGUGAGGAGACGGAGGACUGGCAGGAGGAAGUGCUGGUGCCCUUCCCAGGGUCAAAGUUGGUGGAGAACUUCUCAAAGCCAAGCAUCGCCAAUUUUGGCAGGUCUCUGUUCGGGGGCUACUGCCCCACCUACGUGCCGGACUUUGUACUGCAUGGGCUGCCCAGUGACGAGAAGCUGCGGCAGUGCCUCACGGCUGAGUUAACCCAUGCUGUUCAGCAUCCAGUAUUGGAUGAGCCCAUAGCGGAGGCUGUCUGCAUUAUAGCAGACACAGACAAGUGGACGGUGCAGGUGGCGAGCAGCCAGAGACGAGCACCAGACGUCAACAAGCUGGGGAAGGAGGUCCUGGUGUCCAGUCUGGUUUCCAGCUUAUUGCAGUCCACUCACCAGCUCUACAAACUCAACGUCUCACCCAACUUUUGUAUAAUGCACCUGGAGGACCGCCUGCAGGAAAUCUACUUCAAGAGUAAGAUGCUUGCUGAGUAUUUGAAGGGCCAGACAAGAGUCCAUGUGAAAGAACUGGGCAUGGUCUUAGGAAUCGAGUCCAGCGACCUCCCCCUGUUGGCUGCAGUGGCCAGCACUCACUCCCCCUAUGUGGCUCAGAUCCUUCUGUGAGACCGUGAAGACCCUGAUGUCCCUGAGCCGCCCGAGGGAACCGGUCAGACCCGGGCGCUUCCACUCUGGACCCGAAACACAGCUGUCCAUGCUCCGCUGCUGACCUCAGCCCCCCCGACAUGGCUUCCUGUCUGGUGUGCCUGGACCCGGUUGGUCUUUGCCCUGCAGGUCUGAGCGG